AUGCCACCCUACUCUUGUAUUUGUGCAAUCCUGAAUGACACAGCCUUUCCUAAUCCUUACCUUGGAGAAAUUUUUUUAAAUCACUUUUUCUUGACACCUUGCUUGUCUUCGAUUACACAGGCCCGGAGCACGGACAGCAUUGAUGCAACAGGCGAGGGUCAAGUGCGUGCGUUGGGAAAUGCAGCAAGCAACAUCAAGGGGAAGCCAGCCAAGAGGCUUUCUAUCACACGGGGUCACUUCCCCAAGCUGACCGAGUGUGCCCAUUUCCACUACGAGGCGGUAGAUUUUGGACACAUUCAGCUGCAGCUGGCACCUGAGCAGAACGAGAACCCCAACAACUUGGAGGAGGGAGACCUGCUGUUUGCAAUUCAAGUCACUUGUCAGGGAAAGAACUGGCAGGUGCACCGUAACUAUGAGGAGUUCCGGACUUUGGACGCUCAUCUACAUUGCUGCAUUUUUGACAGGCGUUUCUCUCAGCUUCCUGAACUGCCACCCUUCAGCCACAUGCGGGCUCACCCGGAGCUGCUGGUACCCAUGCUCUCACAGUACCUGGAGAAACUUUCAGCUAUUGUGGACAGCAACAUCAACUGUGGGCCAGUUCUCACCUGGAUGGAGAUUGAUAACCAUGGCAACCGCCUCUUGGUGAAUGAAGAGGCUUCUAUCAAUGUCCCUGCCAUUGCAGCGGCUCAUGUCGUUAAACGCUAUACAGCACAAGCAUCUGAUGAGCUCUCCUUUGAAGUUGGAGAUAUCAUCUCUGUGAUAGAUAUGCCCCCCAAGGAGGACAGGAGCUGGUGGCGUGGGAAGCAUGGAUUCCAGGUGGGCUUCUUCCCCAGUGAAUGCGUGGAGCUGUUCUCCGAACGCCCCAGCCCAGGACUCAAAGCAGAUGCUGAAGGAAUCAGCUGUGGUAUCCCCCAACCCCCUGGCCUUCUCUCCCCAACAUCAGUCUCCAAGAAACACGGCAAGCUUAUUGGCUUCCUUCGCACCUUCAUGAAGUCCAGGCCCAGCAAGCAGCGCCUGAAGCAGCGCGGGAUUCUUCGGGAAAGAGUCUUCGGCUGUGAUUUGGGGGAACACCUCAAGAAUUCAGGAAGUGAUGUUCCACAGGUACUACGCACCUGUUCUGAUUUCAUCGAGAAGCACGGCAUUGUAGACGGGAUCUACCGUCUCUCUGGGGUCUCCUCAAACAUCCAGCGACUGCGGCAUGAGUUUGACAGCGAAAGGGUUCCGGAGCUCUCCAAAGACGUCUAUUUACAAGACAUCCACUCGGUCAGUUCUCUCUGCAAGCUCUACUUCCGCGAGUUGCCGAACCCACUGCUCACCUAUCAGCUCUACAACAAGUUUGCUGAAGCUGUAUCCGUUUCCGGGAAUGAGGAACGCUUGGUGCGAGUCCACGAUGUCAUCCAGCAACUGCCUCCACCACAUUAUAGGACUCUGGAAUUCCUCCUGCGGCACCUGGCACGCAUGGCUAUGCACAGCCAAAACACCAGCAUGCAUAUCCGCAACUUAGCCAUCGUUUGGGCACCCAACCUGCUGCGGUCAGUGGCUCUGGAAUCGGUUGCCCAGUGUGGAGCUGAUGCAUUUCAGGAGGUCAGGGUUCAGUCGCUCGUGGUCGAAUUCCUUCUCAACAAUGUUCAGAUUCUCUUCAGUGACACGUUCACCUCGGUUGGCAAGGAUGGUGCAGGGCGCUGCUUCCUUCCCCGACCCAAAUCCCAGCUGGUCAGCUGCCCAUCUACUCGGUUGUUGUCCCUGGAAGAAGCACAGGCUCGUACUCAAGCCCUGUGCAAGAUCAGCAGGUCAGAGUCCAAGCAGGAAUCUGUCAAUCCGCAGGGACAAGGAAAAUUCUCUGCCAUAUUAGGUUCACCAGAUACCAGGCAAAAGGCAGAAAGUAAUGGGAGGUUGCGGAAAACAUCAGGGCCUGGAUGGAAAGCCUUCUUUGCUCUUGGCAAAGCACCGGUCACAUUCCGUAAGAAGUCGCAUCGCCUUGGAGAGCUUUUUGGACUUGGAGAAUCCCUGCCAGGGGGUCAGGUGGAGUCAGUCACCCUCCGAUCGGCCAAGAGCGAGGAAUCCCUGACAUCACAGGCCAGUAUGGCAGGUUUGCCCAAGCUGCCCUGCCUACGACGCCCCCACUCCAGCAGCGAUGCCUUCCCCACCCUCAAGCCGUGCCGCUCCUGUUCUUCCCUGGCGUCCUCCGUGUCCGGCCGAGGCGAGAGCUUGGCCGUCGGGACGGUCGACAUGGUUGCCCGGCGCCGCUCCUCCUGGCUGGAGGGGGACUCGGAGCUCGACUCCGAACUGGAACUGAGCCCGCCGGGCCUCCGCGGCUUGGACUUUGACCCACUGACCUUCCAGUGCAGCCCUCCCGCCCGGCGGUCCUCGCUGUCGGACGACUCCAGCUCGCCAAGCCCAGCGGGGGCCCUCUCGCCUUGCUCAGCCCCAACGAUCAGCAAGGACACGCCAGAGCCACUGCCCGUCUCCCUGCCGGACAAGGUGCUGGAAAUGUUCACCAUUGGUGAGGAGCGGGGGCUGAAUGUGUGCGGCUCCCCUCCGCACAUGAUCUCCAUGCUGCUGUGCGCGGCGGGUGGGCAACUCAGCGACAGCUGUGAACGCGAAGUCCGCUGCAAGAUCACGCAAGCCAAAGGCUCCACAUCUCCGCACAGUCCAAAGUCUGAAGCAUCUCCCGCAUCUCCUGGCGCGCUGUCCGUGCUGCGACAUAUUCCUCCUCCUCCUCCUCCGAAGAACCCUGCUCGGUUGAUGGCCCUGGCCUUGGCAGAGAGCGCUCACCAAGUGGCCCUGCAGCAGAAGCGACAGGCCGCUCUCCGACAACGGGAACCUCGGACGCACUUCCGACGCUCCCUGUCUCUAGAGUGCAAGGCGGGAGAGCUGACGAGCGAGGCCCGGGCGCUCUACUCCAUGGUGCGGCCCAACCCCAAGCCCCUUGGUCCUUCCACCCUGCAGGGGCAGGCCAGGGGCCGGACUGUGGGCAGCCAGGGCCACGACCACCCAGGAGCAAGCCAGGUCUCAGUCAACCAGACAUCCCCCUUGGGAAGCUCCGACUCCUUUUCUCCCUGCCGGAGGGUCCUUACUGACAUAACACAGAGAGACUCAAAGCUGCAUUCCUUCUCAGACUCCUACCAUCCCUCCUCUCAGUCCCCUGCUUCGCGGGCUGCCUACACUUUUCACCGCCAGCCGCCUUCUGCGUCUGCCCCCUAUCCUGCCACUCGCCAGCCCCACGACUCCUACCUGUUGUCCAGCCAGUCCCCUGCCCCACCCAAGCCCCCACCGCCUCUGCACUUCCCACUUGCCCCUGGCCACUGGUCCCUCAAAAGCAGGCCUCCCCCUUUCCAGGCGUAUGUCCCAGACCAUCUCCGACACCGUGGGCGCUUCCCGGUUUCCUCUCAGGCGGGAAUCAAUGGGACACCCCCUCCCCAGAUGGAGCAUGAGAAUCUCUACUAUGAGAUUGUGGGGGAGCCUCCGGCUUACCCCGGCUUGGUGCGGCCCUGGCCGUCCUGCCCACCCCCUGAAUACUUAGCCACCUUCAACGCCUCCUAUGGUGUAUUUGAGAGGCCGUGGCGCCAGCCCUACCCGCCUCCUGCCCCUUCUUCCCUCCAGCCCAUCUUAAAGAAUGCCCGGAUGCCUCCUCAGCCCGCUCCUCCUGCAGUGACCCGGCAGGAGCCCAUUUACGUUAACAUCCCCUUCCCCGAGCCUCCCUCUGUCACCCCCACUCCCUCUCCUCCCCCUGAAAGCGCUCACCCCCGCAGCCAUUCUGACCCAGGGGCUCCCCAGACCCUCUCCAACCACAGCAGACCCCCGUUGCCUCAGAAGCAGAGGCUUGGCUGGGGCUGUCCUCCCCCUGGACAGUACCACCCGCUCAUGGAUGUUUUGCCGUGCAGCCGCACGGUCCUGCAGUUCUACCGCCCGCCCUCAGCCUGUUGGGGCCGUGCCCCCUACGGCCCAGAGCCGAUCAUCACCUACGACGGACCCCCUGCCCGCCCGGGGAGCCAGGCGUCUGCACCCCCAGCCUCUCUGCGGAAGCUGGACGAGUCUCCCCCGCAGUACGGCAACGUGGAAAGGAGGGAAGGCUCUCCCUCCUCCGGGUGCUACCUGGGCCCGAGUUGGACCGUGUACACAGAGGGGCAGACGCACAGCUACUGUUGAGAGACAGCUGCCCUGCGGGCAUGCGGCUUCAGUGCCCGGGGCUGGGCUCCGGGUUUCUGCCCUCUUCUCAUUCCCUCCAGUGUGGAUGGAAUUUAUAUCGUGGUCCUGUUUGCGGUGGAAGACGUGGCCGGCGUUGGAGGGAAGGCGGUGUCGCCACAGGUUGCCGUGACGUCACGCUCAGGCCCCUCAUUGGCUGCUGUGCCUGCCUGUUUUGAGGACUGAACUCUAUGGUUAUUUCAAGAGCACACAAAUCCCUGAAGGCAACCCGGCCCUUGCGUGAUGCCCCACACCAGGAGACCGGUGUGGCAUCAAGCGGAGCCGUGGGAUUGCAUCAUGUCAGCCUCCUUGAUGGCUGGAAUGGCUCUCCCAGUUGUAUCACCUGCCUAACCCUGUUUAUGUUAUGCUCUGUGUUGUCUCCUUCUUCUUUCCGUCCCCAUUGAGUCCUAAUGUGCUCAGCACAGAGCUUUGGUUCUCCUCGGUGAGGAGGGCGCAAAGACCUGCCGAAUCCACCACCACCACCCAUUUCAUCCACCUGGUCGGCUUUGCCCACAUCGUGCCUGCCAUGGCCUGCACAUGAGGUCCUCUGUGGAAGCAGGAGGCCGUGCUCGUGGAGGUGCAGUGUGCCAGAUGGACACUGUGGGGCGCUGCUGGCCUUGUGUUACGGUCAUAUAUCACUCCAUUGUGUGCGAUGGAAUGCAUUUCAGUAGAGGGUGGGUAUCAAGUGUGUGUGUGUGUGUGUGUUGGGGAGGGCAGGCAGUGAUCACUCCCUUUAUAAAAUGUUUCUUUCAAGUAUGUGCAGUUCUAACUUUUUAACCACAACUUUAACCCAAUUAAACCAUUAACAUUUCGCUCUGUCGCCUUCUCCUGCUUUCUCAGAGAUUAAGCUAAUUAUUCCAGGGAGAGAGCAGCACGGAAGGACCCCAGUUUUUACCUAUGUGCCGGGGAGGGGGGGAAUAAGGGAUGCUUACAAUGAGAGCCGUGCGCCUAGACAUGCGCACACAGAACCUCCUUUCUCACAUCACAGUGCCACAGUGGCCAGAGGAUUCAGAGGGGUGGGGUGGGGUAGUGGGGUUGAUAAUGCAUUUGUGUGUUUCUUUAGAAUUGGAGGGGUCUUUGUAUUCCUGUGCGUGUGUGUGGGAGUACUGGGGGUAGGUGGGGGGGGCAAGAUGCAUGUGUGCCUGGCAUGGGAUGCUUACUUACAUGCGUGUGUCUGGGAACCGGCUUUGUGUGGACUUGGAAGGACUAAGAGCUGGGUAUCCUUGUCUCUUUGGUAUGUGUGUGUUCGUGUCUGGAAUUGGUGUGUGUGUGUGUGCAUAUGUGUGUAUGUGGAGAUGUCUGUAUAUAUUUCACAGACAGUAUUUUAGGUAUGUGGGGUUGGGGGAAGGAGGGAGGGGAUUCAAUGCCUUAUUCCCCUUGAGCAGCCUGUCCCUGCUCAGUUGCCACCACUGGACUCUAGAGCAGUGGUUCUCCAUCUUGGCUCCUGAGAUGUUCUCAGACUACAACUCCCAGAAAUCCUGGCCCUUACA